UAUUAAUCGUGCUCAACAACAUAUCUCAUAUACUGAAAUUGCACUGGAGUGAAAAUGUCGAGUAAAAAAGUAUUCGUUACUGUAGGAACAACGAAAUUUGACGAAUUAAUAAAUGCUGUAACGGCACCCGAAGUGUUGCAGGCAUUGAGUAAUCGAGGCUAUAACCAUUUGAUCCUUCAAAUUGGUAAAAGUUCAUUGGAUCCAGACUGCUCACCUCGUCACGGUUUUCGCCGAAUAGAAUAUUUCAAUCUGAGCCCUUCGAUACAGGAGCAAAUGACAUCCGCUGAUCUUGUGAUAAGUCAUGCAGGCGCUGGAAGUUGCCUCGAAGCUCUGGAGGCCAAGAAACCCCUAAUAGUUGUCACCAAUGAAUUGCUAAUGGAUAAUCAUCAACUAGAGCUUGCUGAGCAGCUCUAUGAGGACGGGCAUUUGUAUUAUUGUAAUCCUAACACUUUGCUAGAGCUGAUACAAAAUAUGGAUUUGUCAAAAUUAAAAUUAUUUGAAGGUAACAAAAGCGAUAAAAUAGUUGCGUUCAUUGAUCGAGUAAUGGGAUUUUGACCCAUUAGCAUAAUCUUUAGGCUCCAUUAACUUAAAUUCAGUAAAUAUUGCCAAUACUUACUGGGUAGAUAAGAUACUUUUACAUUACCGUGUGUAAAAAACAUUGAACCAUAGCAAGUUUCUAACAUUUUCUAAGUAAUUUGGUUUUUUUUUGGUAAUAAAAAUUGUGUACAAUUCGUAAAUUUGACGGAAAAAAUAUCCUUUGUUACGUAGUUGUACUCAUCUUGCUUGUCGCUCAAAAUCAUUGUAAUAAACAGUCUAAUAUUGUAUUAUUUCAUUCAUUUCUCACGUUUUUCUGAUUUCCAAGAACCAAGAGUCCUUUUGUUUGGCUCAUCCAAAAAUCUCCUUGAAUAAAUUAAAGCUACAAAAGUAUGGGAUUGCUUGUACCAAUUUUUGAUGAGUGUUUAAAAAAAGCGAAUCAUUUUUUAUUGAUUGGAUGAAGUAACGUAUGUAUAUAGCAUGUAUAUCAAUAAAUACUUAAAUUUGAUAAAACAGAUACAAUUGAAUUUUUAAUUAACAUAAUUUACAGCAGUGACUUCUCUGUACAUAAAUAAUUAUCGAUCAAUAGAGAAUAGUCAUGUCUCGUAAGCUUAUACAUGUAACUUGUUUUUUACUUAUAGGGACAAGUUAACAAAUAUAAACGUACACUAAUCCCGUCAUUACAAGACAAAAUGGCAAUGUGUCUGUACAUAAGUAGACGUUAUAUCGCAAUCAUUAAUCUGCUUUCGAAAACUUAUACAAAUGUAUAGAAUUCCUUAAACCAAUCG